AUGAAUACGUUAUUUCAUACGAAAACAAUGAUCGCCGGUCACGGUGGAGUUAUUACUCGACGAUACUCCCCAUUUAAAUUAUGGUACAACACCAAUCAUAUAAUGGGUGGCAUAGCUCUAGUUUAUACAGAUUUGAGAGAUCCGAGAAAAUUAUUGUUAGAGCCGACAGUGUCACCGGCAUAUAUUAAUAAUAAAAGUAUGGCAUGUCUACAAAUUCGUACAUUUUAUAUAACUCCAAAUUGGAAGAGUCAAGAGCCAUCAUCUAAGAUUGAAGAAACAGUUAAGAAUAUUAAAGAGGAGAAAGAACUUAAAGAUAAGAUGGUAGAAUAUGUUUCAAAAGAUAGUGACCAAGCAAAAAAAGCUGUUGCUAAAGUUUCGAUAUGGCAAAAAAUCAAAAGCGAAAUAUUGCAUUAUUAUCAUGGAUUCCGCUUGUUAGGACUUGAUAUGAAAGUAUCAGCAAAGUUAAUAUGGAGAAUUUUGCAUGGAAAGGAGCUUAGUAGAAGGGAGCAUCGUUUGUUAAUAAAAACGACUGGAGAUAUGUUCAGAUUGAUUCCUUUUUCUGUUUUUAUUAUUGUUCCAUUUAUGGAAUUUUUAUUACCAGUGGCAAUUAAGUUAUUCCCUGGCAUGUUACCUUCUACUUUCCAAACCGCAACUGAAAAGGAAGAUAAACUUAAGCAGGCUUUGAAAGUUAAGAUAGAAAUGGCAAAAUUUUUACAAAAAACAUUGGACGAAAUGGCAUUGCAAUCAUCAGAUCACAAAUCUGAGAAAGCUAAAGAAUUUGCAGAAUUUUUUUAUAAAGUACGAACAACCGGCACUGUUGCAACUAAUGAAGAAAUCAUGAAGUUUAGCAAAGUUUUUGAAGAUGAAAUUACUUUAGACUCUCUUUCACGACCACAACUAAUUGCGUUAUGUCGUGUGUUAGAUGUACAAACUCUUGGGACUACCAAUUUCUUACGGUUUCUACUUAGAAUGAGACUGAGAAGUCUUACUGCAGAUGACAAACUAAUUGAAAAAGAAGGAGUUGAUACUCUGACAAGAAACGAAUUGCAACAAGCUUGUAGAGCACGUGGUAUGCGUGCUUAUGGAUUGCCGGAGAGUAGGUUGAGGGAACAAUUGUCGCAGUGGUUAGAUUUGAGUUUAAAUAAAAAAGUACCGCCUUCCUUACUACUGCUCUCACGAGCGCUUAUGAUACCAGAGACGAUAUCUAUGCCAGAUAAAUUAAAGGCGACUAUUUCGGCUUUACCUGAUGCGGUUGUGGCUCGUACAAAAGGUGCUAUUGGAGAGAAAGAGGGUAAAGUGGAUCAUAGAACCAAUAUCGAAAUUAUAAAAAUGGAAGAACGCAAGAUCGAAGAAGAGAGGAAAGAAAAGAAAGAAAGCGAACCAGAACCAACCGUUUUGGAAUCCAGUACUAAAGUUGAUGAAAUUACUACUACAGAUGUCAAAGUUUUGGAACAAGCUCUGGAUUCAAUUGGCAAAGAUAAUAAAAAUAUGGCUGUAGAAAAAGAGGAAAUUAAGGAACUUAAAGAAGAAAUGGCGGAAUAUCAAGAAGAUAUUAAGGAAUUGUAUCAAAUUAAAGCAGAAGCAAAAGGUCAAGCAGAUAUAGAAAAUAUUAAAGUAUCAAAAGGUGCUAAUAGACUAUUCAAGAAGGUAAAUAAAAUGAUUUCGAAAAUGGAUGCUGUUUUGUUGGAGCUCGAACAAUCUGAGAAAAAAGUUAAACAAAGAAUCGAAUCAUCGGCUCUUGAGAAACAGGAUACUAAAGACGUUGAAGAAUUAGUUAAAAUAGACGAGUUGAUUGCAGCCAUUAAGCAAAUCCAAAGUGUGCCCGAUCAACAUCGUUUAAAACGCAUAGCAGAAAUUUUAGGAAAAAUUGAUGACGAUCAUGAUGGUGCAAUAAAAAUAGAAGAUGUCCUAAAAGUUGUAGAAUUAAUAGGUAAGGAAGAUGUUAAAUUAAGCAAAGAACAAAUGGAUGAAUUGAUAGAUUUAAUGGAUAAAGAAGAAAUAUUAGAAGUAGAAGAACAAAUACAAAAAUCGUUGGAAAAGGAUUCCAAGACAUCCGAGGCGGAAGAGAAUAUGAAAGCUACAAAUAAAUCUACAGUUCCAGCUACUCCGGUAACAACUGAGUCAGGAUUUGGGAAAGAGGAAUUAGUAGAUGAUGCCAUCAGAGAAUCGAACAAAUCUUAUGCAAGUCCACCUAUCGAAGAAGAUAAGCAGAAAUCAGCUGCCGUUCUUAAAAGUAAUUCCAAAUCCGACGAGGUUAAAAAUCCUUCAAUUACAUCAGGUGUUUCAACAGUGAAAAAGGCAGAAGGUUCUAAACAACUGUGAUUAGCACACAAUGAAGUAUACAAGUUUACACAAUGAAAUAUAAAUUAGUACAUGUAAUUAUCAGCAA